AUGGAGAGCCAGUCGCAAGGCUCGAGCAGCAGCGACUUUGUUCGCAAGCUGUACAAGAUGCUCGAAAACCCGACCGACGAGAACGUUGUGCGAUGGGGAAAUGACGGCGAUAGCUUUGUGGUGCUAGAAAACGAAAAAUUCACAAAACACAUAUUGCCCAAGCACUUCAAGCAUAGCAACUUUGCCAGUUUCGUGCGCCAAUUGAACAAGUACGACUUUCACAAAGUGCGCCACAACAACGAAGAAAACGGACAGUCGCCGUACGGGCCUGGGGCUUGGGAGUUCAAGCACCCGGACUUCAAGAUGAACAACAAGGAUGCGCUUGACAACAUUCGACGAAAAGCGCCAGCGCCGCGCAAGACAAACCAGCCAAACGAAGAGAUGAUAAUCCCCGCCCAACAGAUGGACAUGAUGAGUAACCAGCUCGUCGCGACGCAAGCGCAGCUGCACGCCCUCGAGAACCGCUACAACGAGCUCAGUAUCCACCAUUCUAUGCUGUUGCAGGAGGUAAUCGGACUACAAAAGACGGUCGUCAACCAUGAGCAUGUGAUGCAAAAUGUCAUGACCUUCCUGCACAACGUCGACGCACAGCGCCGUCGCGAUAGCAGGCUCGGUAACCCUUUUCCUCCAAAUGGAAACCAAACGCAGAACGGAAACGUGGAUGGUGCGCAGAAUCAGUCCAACCCAUCUGCCGAGGAUGACAUCCCUGCCUCACCUUUGCAGCACGCUUCUAAACUGUUGAGCGAGACCAAUGCGGAUGUUAUGUUGAACCCAAGAAACCUGGAACACAUGAACGAAAUCACGAUGCGGAUGAACGGAACACUCACUACGCCUCCUCCGGACCUUAUUCGAAGUGUAAGACCCGCCAGCCGAGGGCCUCCGUCGGCCGGCAGCUCUACCAACUCGUUGCGCCUCGGAGAUAUCGACAACCUUGUGUACCCGGUUGGACAGACUAAUGGGAUUGACCCCAUGUACAGCGAGCACAUCAAUAAUAUUCCUUAUAGCAUGCCACCAAAAGCAGCCGAUCCAACCAAUCCACAGUUUCAAGAAACCCGGAAGAAGAGCGCUCAGGUUGAUCCAGGAUGGGUACGCCAGCCCCAGAUUUUGCUCGUUGAGGAUGAUCCAACGUGCCGCCGCAUCGGCAGCAAGUUUCUUUAUGCAUUCCACUGCUCCAUCGACAGCGCUCUCGAUGGCCUGGAAGCGGUGAACAAAAUGAAUGCUGGAUCGAAAUAUGAUCUCGUGCUCAUGGACAUCAUCAUGCCUAAUUUGGACGGUGUAUCGGCGUGUCAUCUAAUCCGGCAAUUUGAUAACACACCCAUCAUUGCUAUGACGUCGAAUAUUCGAAGCGACGAUAUCUCUAUGUAUUUCCAGCACGGUAUGAACGAUGUUCUUCCGAAGCCGUUUACCAAGGAAGGUCUUCUACACAUGCUGGAAAAGCAUCUUGCACAUCUCAAGAAACCCAUCUCGCACAUGGACGGUGGAAUGGUCGCACCCCAGCCUCUGGCUUCGACAAGGCAGGUUUUGAAAGAGGAGGAGUCCCCAGCUAAAUCCCCUGCAACUGCCAGCUGGAACUCGCCAAAUCCAGUCCCCGGUGUUUCCCCCGUAGCCACGGGCAUGUCGGAAGAAUACUUGCAUGCUGUGCAUGCAAAUCCUGCGGCAUAUGCGGUACAAGGUGUGCCCGGAAUGCCACAAGGCAACGUACCCUACAAUACGUCUCCGCAGAUGCCCAUUCCCGGCCAUGCACAGCAACAGACUGGGCAUAGAAGACAAAUUUCAGACAUUUCCGGGGGAGAGAACAUGAACCCAGCGAAACGGCAACAGAUAGCUGGCGAAGAGGAGCGCGAGAACCCGCUCCAGGCGGUGAUACUUGCCGACCCAUUCGAGACGCGGUUCAGCCCGUUCACGCUCGAGCGCCCACGUUGCCUCCUACCUCUCGCCAACACCCCGCUCAUCGAAUACACCUUCGAGUUCCUCGCAAACGCUGGUGUGGAGGAAGUCUUUGUCUACUGCGGCGCGCAUAGGGACCUCGUUGAAGAGUACAUCAAGAAGUCAAAAUGGUCCUCGCGAUCCUCGCCCUUCUCAAAGCUGGAGCUCAUCCAGUCGACCUCGUACUCGAUUGGCGAUGCGAUGCGCGACCUGGACACACGCGGUCUGCUGGUGGGUGACUUCCUCAUGGUGUACGGCGAUGUGGUCAGCAAUCUGCCGCUGGAGUCGGCACUCGCAGCGCACAGGGCGAGACGCGCAAAGGACAAGAAUGCGAUCAUGACCAUGGUGCUACGGGAGGCCGGGACAACCCACAGGACGAAAGCGCAGGCCACGAGUCCGGUGUUCAUCAUAGAUCCCACCAAGGAUAGGUGCCUCCACUUCGAGCAGAUGCCGAACAAAGACCAGACACACUUUCUGUCCAUCGACCCCGAGCUUCUCUCUGACCACCAGGAGAUUGACGUCCGGCAAGACUUGAUCGAUUGUGGCAUUGAUAUUUGUACGCCAGACGUGCUGGCGCUUUGGAGCGAUAAUUUCGAUUUCCAAGCGCCCCGAAAAGGCUUCCUGCACAGCGUACUGAAGGACUACGAGCUAAACGGCAAGACAAUCCACACGCACAUCGUUUCCGAUCACUAUGCUGCGCGAGUUAGAAAUUUGCACGCAUACGACUCCGUGAGCAGAGACAUUGUAUCGCGAUGGGCAUACCCGCUAUGUCCUGACAGCAAUCUCGUGCAAGGUCAGUCAUAUCGAUUACAAAAGGGAAAUAUCUACAAAGAGGAGGGCGUUAUACUAGCAAGGGAUUGCGUCAUCCUUCCGAAGACAGUUAUUGGCCGUGGAACAAGCAUCGGAGACGGCAGUGUGAUCAAGAACAGCAUCAUAGGGCGACAUUGCAUUAUCGGCAAGGGCGUGAACAUUGACGGCGCAUACCUGUGGGAUUAUGCAAGCAUCGGAGACGGCUCGACUAUCAAGAAAUGUAUCAUUGCAGACGAGGCUUCGAUAGGGAGGAGAUGCACCAUCGAAUCUGGAGCUCUAAUUUCGUACGGGGUCGCGAUUGGCGAGGGUACUACUAUCCGCGGGGAACACAGAAUUACCAAAGCAAGCAGUAGAAGAAAUCUGGACGAGCCGGCCAUUGACAAGAGCACGGACGCCACGAUUGUCGGCGUGGGUGGGGUUGGGUUUGAAUUCCACGACUCGGACGAAGAAGAUGAAGAUGAGACCGUUGAUGGACUUGUCGCCACUGCUCCCAUAUACAACCUCGCAAACUUGUCAGUUGAAUCGAUAUCUACGCUCAACUCGGAGUCCGAAGACGAUAUCGACUUUGAAUUCCGGCACGACCGAUCCGCUGCGAGCAGCUUCCGCUCUGUUGGCUCCGCGGACAGCCAGCACGCCGCCAACUUCGAUCACGAUGCCUCAGCCAGCAUAUACGAUUCGCUCGAGCAAGGUCACGAGUCUGCAAACAUACAGCUGGAGUUGACGGCACUGCGCAUGAGCACAAACGCUUCAGACCACCAAGUGCGACGCGCAGUCGUCGUGGCUUUCGUUAAACGCAUCACAGCGCUCAUUAAGUCUGGAACUAGCAUACGGGAGGCUGUCGCGCAGGUUUUUUCGCAACACAAAGAUCUGGUCGAUCGCUCCAUAUUCGAUAAGACCAGUUCCAGCAAAGUCGACCAAAUUGACUUUAUGCUGCUGCUACAGGCAGAUCUUGCACAUCGGGACAACGGCGACGCCAUACUGCUAAGUGCAGCAACGAAGCUGGUUGAGCUGGAAUGUAUCGAGGACGACGGUGUUCUGCAGUGGUGGGAGGACGCGAAAUCGUCGGAGAGUGAGGAGCUGGAGAAGGUCAAGGGCAAGACGCAGCAGUUGAUCGAUUACUUAAAUGAGUCUGAGGAGGAGAGCGACGAAGACGACGAGGAUGAUGAAGACUCGGAGUAG